AUGACUGUGACCUCAAGUGGCCGUCAAUAUGAUCGACUGGCGCUGAUGUACCUUGGCGAUGCAGAGGUGUUUCGCACCUCCACAGCUGAGCCGACUUCCACUGGGAUUGCAUGGACAUACAUUAAAGAGAUGUCUCAGUACAAUGCGCUCUGGCAGGCACCACAGAAACUUCUUUUCGACUUGGGUAAUAUCAUCAAUGAUGUGUACACGGGUCCUUUCAAUGUCAGAUUGACCGCACAUUUCUCGAAAACCGAGAAAGCACCAAGUGCGGACAUUAUCCUUCCAAUUUCCGCCAGAAGAUCUGCAGCAAACUCAGCCAGUGCUUUUACGGUGCCAUCAGAUAACACCACCGUUACCUACGGUAUUCCAAACACUGUCAAGCAGGCCGUCGUGGCAAUCUCAGCUUGCGGCCAGUCUCAAGAGGAAUUCUGGUGGUCCAAUGUAUUCACAGAAGAUACGCAUGACUUCGACAGUACGGUUGGGGAACUGUAUGGAUACUCGCCAUUCCGAGAGAUUCAGCUUUACAUCGAUGGUAUAUUGGCUGGAGUUGUCUGGCCCUUUCCUAUUAUCUUCACUGGGGGGGUAGCACCUGGGUUUUGGCGUCCCAUUGUUGGUAUCGAUGCCUUCGAUCUGCGACAGUCUGAAAUCGACAUUUCACCAUUUCUCCCCAUGUUACAGGACGGCCGGCAGCAUUCAUUCGAGAUUCGAGUGGCUGGUGUGGCCAUCACUGCAGGUGGAACUGCCGUCCUGACUCAAAGCGUUGGCUCAUACUGGGUUGUCACCGGCAACAUCUUUCUUUUCAAUGGUCAGCAGGCUCGCUCGCAGAGCAAGGAUAAAAGUCGCGGGUCUGUUCCACACGUUGUUACACCAGCUCCGAUAUUCUCUGUUAAGCGACACUUGGCACAGAACAAAACCGGAGGCAACGACACAUUGUCUUACUCUGUCACCGCAGAGCGCACACUUACCGUAUCAUCCCCGGAUUAUACGUGGUCGCAAAGACUUUCGUUUUCCAACUUUGGUUACCUAAACCAGCAAGGCUACAGUCAAGUCAACGAUCAAAAAACGUCGGGAGUGAACAGAAUCACCAAGCUUGGACAUGGCCAUCAGGUAAAUUCGACCAGCUUCGACUAUCCUCUCCUAGUCAAUGCGACCUAUGGCAUCACACCAAAUUCUUUGUCAAUAGACGCUUGGAUGACACGAGGCCUGGAUAUCAAGUCCUCUGGGGGACCUGGCAUAUCGACCUACACCUUUGUCUCAGGUCCAUCUGAGCUUCACACCUCGCAGUCUGGCUCAGCACACUACAAGUCAGUCACAGGCUCAGGUUCAUUUUCCUAUGGUUCUACGAGUGAUGAAUUCUCAAGCAUUUCAGCUGGAGUGGCUUACUCGCGACGUGUGGAAGCUGUGAAUGGAACUGUGGUCAGUGAUUCAGAGCCUGGAUCUGUGAGAUCUGCUGCCCCCGGAGGUAUUCAGAAAGGGUUGGGCCGAGGAAAUAUCCGGAGCAUGCUGGGAAGAGGACCAGGAAAUCCUCCAAGCUAG